CAUCACUACUCUCGGUCCUGGAACAAGUAUGACGAAGCUCGGCACCCUCCCCAGUGGUUGUUUCCCUGCUGUAACUGCGGUGUCGAACGAUGGAUCUUUCAUCAUACGCGUCCCACAAAAUCUCGGCCUGGUUUGGUACGAGAACAUGGCACUCUUACGUUUUUCAGGCGAGCCUUCCGUUCAACUCCUUGCAUCUCCUUCCACCCCCUCCCCUGCUCAGUCUCCCCAAUCUCACUCCGAUCUAUCUAUCCCUCAACGCUACACAAUUCGAUUCUCUCCAGGGAGCCGGUAUGUCGGCGCUUACGACACAAACCAUGCGUUUGUCUGGUCAACCGGUUCACACAAGUGGAUUGCUCAAUAUCGCGUGCAAAUUUUCAGGACUUGGAUUUUCAACACUGGUCUUGAACCCCCUUGCCUGCAUGACAUCCCUAUGCCUGUAUUUUGUAACCCCGCCCUGCCUUUGGUUCCAGAAGAUGGUGCAACUCAUCCACCAAGUACCGGGCCAGAUUUAGGGCAUGAUGCGGAUGAAUCCUGGUUGAAGCACCCUUUCUACGACCUCUCACCAAGCGUAGGCGGUAGCAAAUACUCCGUUAUUGACAUCUAUUCCUCCGCAAUGGGAAGGAUCCCAUUAACUGAUACCUUCCAAUGUAUUUGGUUCAAUGGGGAAGACGAACUUAGGAUUCCAUACGACUACGCCCCGACCGUACGGUCCAGAAAUUCUUUCAGCGAGAAAGAAGCCUGGUACGGUGAUCUGAUGCUCAAGGAUGAUGGUAGGAGAGAUUCAGACAGCAUAUAUUUUCCUCGGGCGAGCAAGAAUGGAACUCGAUUUCUGCUCCAGGGCAAGCUGAAAGCCCCAGUGGUCGUCGAUAUUAGCCAAAUCGUUUAGUGCAUCCAGUACACGUCCAAUCAUUUUUCUAGUUCCUCCACCACUGUUUUCACUUUUCGAUGCAUUGGAUCGGGACUUAUUGUACGUUUAAUAUUGAUGUCAUUUACUAGCUUCUAGCAUCCUGUUUGUGAAACGAACGGAACA